AUUAUUUCUUUUUUAAAAACAGAAACUGACAUAAUUUCUGUUUAAAGUCUUUAAUGUGUAGCAAUUAUUUUUGAGGGAGUGGAGAGGGUGAUUCGGUCAAUACUAGUAAUUGACGUUAGGUGGCGAUAUUGUGCUUUCUAAAGUUUCCAUAGCCGUGCUCAUGAACCAUGAGGAAGUGACUGACUUUAAAGUACACUCCUGUCAAGAUGGCACCGAGUGGGCUGAAAGCGGUAGUUGGAGAUAAAAUUCUCAACGGGGUCAUCAAGAGCGUAAAGAAAGACGGAGAAUGGAAGGUUUUAAUUGUGGAUCAUAUGACCAUGAGAAUCCUGUCCUCAUGCUGCAAGAUGUCGGACAUUUUGGCUGAGGGUGUGACUAUUGUGGAGGACAUCAACAAACGCAGGGAGCCAAUCUCAAGUUUGGAGGCCAUUUAUUUGAUUACACCAGUGGAGAAGUCAGUUCGUGCCCUAAUCAAUGACUUUAAAGAUACAGCGUUUACUUACAAAGCAGCACACAUAUUCUUCACUGACACCUGUCCUGAUGCUCUCUUUACUGAGAUUGGGAAAUCCAGAGUGGCGAAGUUUGCCAAGACUUUGAAAGAGAUCAAUGUUGCAUUCCUGCCCUACGAGUCUCAGGUUUUCUCCCUGGAUGAUCCGACGUUUUUGUCCUCAUUCUACGGCUCUGCGAAAGACCACGAUAAAAACAAAAUGAUGGAAAACAUAGCCGAGCAGAUUGCAACACUGUGUGACACACUCAACGAGUACCCUGCAGUUCGAUACCGCAAGGGACCAGAAGACAAUGCUAAACUGGCUGAAGAGAUUUACCAGCGUCUUAAUGCUCACAAAGCAGACAACCCAAAAAUGGGAGAGGGUCCAGAUAAGGCACGAUCUCAGCUGCUGAUUGUUGAUCGUGGGUUUGAUCCCAUUUCGCCUGUUCUGCAUGAGCUGACCUUCCAGGCAAUGGCUUACGACUUGCUAGAUAUCAAACAAGACAUCUAUACUUACCAGUCGACCGGCAUUGGGAAUUCAAAAGCAAGAGAGGUGUUGCUGGAUGAAGACGAUGAGCUCUGGGUGCAGCUCAGGCACAUGCACAUCGCCGAUGUAACAAAGAAAGUGACAGACCUUCUUCGGACCUUUUGUGAAAGCAAGAGGAUGAGUACUGAUAAUGCCAAUAUAAAAGAUCUUUCUCAGAUGUUAAAGAAGAUGCCACAGUAUCAGAAGGAGCUCAGCAUGUACUCUACUCAUUUGCACCUAGCUGAAGCCUGUAUGAAGAAAUUCAAAGUCUCUCGUGAUGCUCUCUGUGAAGUGGAGCAGGACCUGGCAACGGGAUCAAAUGCUGAGGCAGAACCUCUAAAAGAUGCCAUGAAGAGCAUUGUUCCAAUUCUGCUCAACAGUGAAAUUGGACCUUAUGAGAAAAUCCGUAUCAUACUGCUGUACAUUUUCCACAAGAAAAAAGGCAUCGGGGAGGAGAACCUUGUCAAGCUCAUCCAACAUGCAAAUAUAACACAGGACGACAGCAAAAUUAUCUACAACAUGCAAAACCUGGGCUGUAACAUAAUAACAGGGGACCGCAAUGCUGGCAACAUGUUGCCAGAGCGAAAGGUUCGUAUGGAGAGUACGUACCAACUCUCUAGAUGGGUCCCCAUCAUCAAGGACAUCAUGGAGAAUGCUAUAGAUGACAAACUGGACAGGAAACAGUGGCCUUUCAUCUCUAAUCCAGCACCAAUCAACACGACUCAGACUGCAGUCAGCAGUGCCCGUUUUGGAAACUGGCACAAAAACAAGACUCCAACAGAGUAUCGCUCUGGCCCUCGCCUGAUUGUUUUUAUGGUUGGAGGGGUGUCUCUCUCAGAGACGCGUUCUGCUUAUGAAGUCACUCACAGCACCGAUGGAAAAUGGGAAGUGAUUAUUGGAUCCUCUCACAUCCUGACUCCAACCACCUUCCUUGAUGACUUAAAAGGCCUGAGCAAGGAGUAGCACCAAGGAAACAAGGCAGUCUUUCUUUUGACUGGUUGCUGGUUUUCUCUUUUAUAUUGUAAUAACUUAAAUUUGAAUAUGAAGAGAACUUGUAGAUGUAACUGUGGAAGGAAACAACUUAUUCUUUAACUCAGAUUAUGAUUUUAUUGUUAAUGUUUUUUUCUCUCUCCUUGAAUUAGAUUUAUGUUCUUCUGAUUGAAAAUCUAAUAAAUUAUUUAUAUAGAUAUAUGUAGUAUUUUGAUUAACCAAAUAACUAUAUAUAUGUUUGAUUCAUAAAGAUAUGUACUCAAAUAUUACACAAUGUAUUUAGUGAAAUUGUAACUUAAUGGGAUUGCAAUUAAAGUAAAAUAAUAUAAUAGGUUGAAGCUGCAUAGAAUUUUUAUUUUUUUGCUAGGGCCUUUUCCAUCUGUAAGAAAUGUUAUCUUAGAGUCUCAUCUGCUGUAAUGAAAUAUUGCACAACUUUAAUAUAUUGCUGGAAACUGGUGGGUGGGUGUUUUUGUUUCUCUAUUCAAUAAAAAAAUAAACAUU